CAUUUUGUGAAAUUAAUAUGCCGUACCGUUUACUAAAAUGGCGAACUCCAUUAACAAAUCGAAGGAGCAAAUUGUUGCUGGUUUUCAGGAACUGAGGCAGCAACAAAGGGCACUAGCUUCAAAAAUAUCGGAAUUAGAAAUGGAUAUGAAAGAGCACGAAUUAGUGAUUGAAACUCUAAAAGAUGUAGCACCUGAAAGGAAAUGCUUUCGAAUGGUUGGAGGAGUUCUGGUUGAGAGAACAGUCAAAGACGUACUUCCAGCUUUAGUGAACAACAAAGAACAAAUGAACAAACUAGUAGAGACAUUAACAAAACAACUAGAAACUAAAGGUAAUGAAAUUAACAAAUACCGAGAGAGGCAUAAUUUAAAGAUUAAAGGAGAAGAAUCCAAGGAUAUGGAGAAAUCCAGCAAAGAUGUGAAAACUGGAGGUGUGCUGGUGGCCAAGGAGAGUUAGCAAAGGGGCGUUACUCUGCUCAAGUGCUGACAUUCAUUUGAUGAAACAUGUUCUAUUAUUUAUGCAUUGUUGCAUAACUGUUCAAACUUACAGACUCCAGUGUUUGUGUGAACAUUGAGCAUGUUCUACAUCUGUGAAGUAACAUUGAGAUCCUGGCUAUUAUGUCCCAAAAUAACACUUCAUGAACUCAUGUAAAUUAUGCGAGUUACAAUACUUGUCUUAUCUAAAUCUUAAUUACAUGCAAGGAAAUUUUAAGGCCACUUUGUCCAAAAUAAGGUUGCUUUGAUAUGUAUAGUUUUCUCCCUUUUAUUCAUUGCAAACUGUUUUAGAUAUGUGUUCAAAAUCAUCUUUAAAAUUGGGAAUCAUUUAUAAUUAUUCUCUUUAAAAAAUGUUCUGAUACUUAUCAUAUAAUUUUGUUAUUUUGCAUACACAAGUUAGGUAAAAUUAGAAAACUGAUGAUUUGAUAUUUGCUUGUACAUUAAAUAUAUUGGUUUUUUUUGAAUGAGCAAUGUGCAGAUACUGUAGAAUAAAUAAACACUAUUCUUAAAAGA